AAGGAAGCCCUCCAAGCCUUCAGCGAGUGCGCCAAGAUCUUCAUUCAUUACCUGACCGCGACCGCGAACGACAUCUGCCGCGACGGCAAACGGCAGACCAUCAGCGUGGACGACGUCUUCAAGGCGAUCGACGAGCUCGAGUUCGGCGAGUUCAGCGAACCUCUCAGGCAG